AAGUAGCAUUUAUAGCGAUAAAUGUAUUUGUUGGUGGUGAUGGAAAGUGCAAAUGGGUAGAACAACUGAGCCACACUCGGUCAUUGUGGAAUAUUUCACCGAGGUGAUUUUGUGAGAUUAUUUCCCAUUGAUUUCAGUCAGACUCACACGUAACAAGGGAGUAUUAGGAGUGCAGCUCCUAUUUGGGUAAUAUUACCAGCAUGGAGCAUAGGAUCUCCUUAUUUGCCCUGCUUCUGGCUAGGGAAAGUACUAUGCACUGACUUCCUCACUGCUGUGGCUACAUUGCAACCAGGACUCCAGUUAACUCUUAUAAACCUGGCUAUGAUGUCUCCAUAGAGCAUAGUAGUUGAAGACUAGGUGACCGUUUCCACCUGCAAACUGGAAUAACCUACUGCAGGUUGGAGGCGGACACCAUAUAGCACCCUGCCACCAUUGCCACUAAUCUCCACUCGUGGCACAAGUAGAAAGCCCACAGCUGUUGCGUGUUUUCGUGACAGCCUGGGGACAGCACCUGUAGAAGGUGCCCCCACCUCCAAAGGCCACCAAUGCCCCAAAAUGCUCAGGGCAGAUUCAGAACUUCUGCAGGCCAUGGGUAAUUCAGGGGUUGGCAACCUUUUUCAGAUGCAAACUGGAAUAACCUAACCCAGGUUGCAAGUAGUGGGUGCUAGGACCUGCAAGUAGUCUCUGCCCAUGGCACAGCUAGGAUGCCCACAGCCGGCAUUACUUGCCACAGCAUCCUGGGGAGAGCACCUGCAGAAAGUGCCCCUCACCACCAAAUGCCACCAAAACCCCUGGGCCUGAUUCAAUGGUUAUGCAGGCCAUUGGUUGAAAAUCCCUGCUGUGCUCAAUUCCACAGUGUAGGUAUAACACAAGGUACACCACUGCGAUUCCACAUGCAGGUGGGGCCUGCAGCUGAACAUAGAAAUGAUGGGCAAAGUGUAGAAAAUCUUUAGUCUACGUAAUCUCUGUUCCUAUGGAAGUGAGGUUAUUGUCUCAUCAACCAUAAUGUCUGGCAUUUCUUCCACAGGAAAAGAAAACCUGCCAGGUGCCUCAGUUUCUGUUAGUAUUAUCCAGUAGGAAGUGUGCACACAUUGCCCAAGGCAUCUUGUUCUUGUCCAGGACUUCAAACACAGCCACAUGAAGCGGAAAUGAAGAGUGGGAAUGAAACUUCUUCAGCAGACUUCAUUCUGCUGGGAAUCCUGAGCCGGACCAAUGUACACAAGUUCUCCAUGGCCACGAUCUUAUUAGCCUUCAUCGCCGCCUUGUCUGGGAAUGCUCUUCUCAUACUUGUAAUCCAAGUGGAUUCCUCCCUUCACACUCCCAUGUACUUUUUCCUCAGACAAUUGGCCUUCAUGGACAUCUGUCAGACACUGAUCAUUGUCCCCAAAAUGUUAGCAGACUUCCUGAUCCCAGGCAACCCCAUUUCUCCAGCUGGCUGUGGGGCUCAGAUUUUCCUUGCGUUGACAAUGGGCGUAUCAGAGUGCCUCCUCCUGGCAGUCAUGGCUUAUGACAGGUACAUAGCGAUCUGCAACCCCUUGCAGUACCCCAUCCUCAUGAGCAGGAACAUCUGCUUUCUUUUAUCAGCUGGAGUCUGGAUGGGAGCAUUGGUAAAUGCCUUGAUUGAGGCAGUGUUUACACUGGCUCUCCCCUACUGUGACUCAAAAGAGAUUGACCAAUUCUUCUUUGAGGUCCCAGCCCUGCUCAAAUUAUCCUGCUCUGACACCUCUCAGCAUGAGACUCAGGUAUUUGAGAGUGGCAUUGUUCUGCUCCUCAUCCCUUCUUCCAUUAUACUAGCAUCUUAUGCUUGUAUCCUCUCCAGGGUCCUGAGGAUGAAGUCAACCAAGGGACAGCAGAAAGCUCUGGCCACUUGCUCAUCCCACCUGACUGUGGUGGUUAUGUUUUACGGGGCAGGCAUCUUCAUGUACAUGAGACCCAGCUCCUACCACUCCCCAGAGCAAGACAAGAUUGUUUCUCUGUUUUACACCAUUGUCAGCCCACCACUCAAUCCACUCAUCUACAGCCUGAGAAACAGGGAUGUCUUACGAGCCCUAAGAAAGCUGAUUGGGAUAUUCAGAGUCUUCCUGCAAAAUUGACAGAAGCUGUACGUUACCAUGAGCUAAGUCUCAUUCAACUGAGAAGGCCGCCGGCAGGGUUUUCUGGAUCAUUUAGAAGGAAGCUAACAUUUCUCAGUCACGUAACAGCCUGUGCCCUACUGAGAGUCAUGGGCUUUUGGGCUUUGUCACUUAAAUGCUUAGAAAGAGGUUUGAAGAAAUGUACCCCACUCUCCCUGUUCAUUAGUGUUUUCCUGCUUCAGGAAAUUUAACCAAAUUAUUGCAAACACUGAAGACUUCAUGGGGGAUUGAAACUUUCUAUUUCCCUGAUGCUGCCCCUGCACAAGGCCCAAGCCCCCCUGCAGGAAAUACGUCAAAUGGAAGGGCAACCAAAAUGGGCCCUGGGAUGAAAGUUUAUGAGGAAGGUAUGAAAGAACAAGGGUUAUUUAGGAUGGAUAGGAAUAGACUGGGGGGGAGGGAGGUAUAAUAGUGUCUCAAAUACAUGAAGAGUGAUUAUAGAGAGAAAGGAGAUAGGCUUUUCUUUGUGGCUUUAAGUGACAGGACUAAGAGCAAGGGCCACAAGCCAGAGCAGGGGAAAUUGAAGUUGGAGAUUAGGGGAACUAGCUGCCAUUGGGAGUGGUUGCAAAGGGAUGAGGCUACCAAGAGAAGCUGUGGAUUCUCCAUGCUUGGAAACGUCCAAAAGCAGGUAAGACAGACACUUGGCUGUGGUGGUUUAGUCAGGGAUGAUCGUGGCUGGAGCAGGGGCAUGGGCCACAGGACCUGGUGAGGUUUCUUUCAGCCUAUGAUCCUAAGUGCUUAGAAGCAGAUCUUCCCAACCACUGCAAGGCGCUGUACUUUAUGUCUGAUUCCUGUCUCACUUCACGUUGUUUUUCCCCCAGAUUCAUUCCACUGAGGUCAAAGGUAGAACACGUGGUGUGAGCGGGUGUUUUAGUUAGAGUGGCAUCUGGACAGCCACUCUAUUAAAAAUCCCGCAGCAUCACAUAUAAUGACUUCCUGUGUGUUUAAAAAUGACCGCAGGAUGCUUUAUCUAGAGUUUGUUCGACAAGUUUUAGGUAAAGCACCCCAAUGGCCAAUUUUAUCCAUGCCAGGGUUUAAUACACAUGACACUGCAGCAAUGCGGGGCAGCCGCGAUUAAUAGGAUCUGCUCCAAGGCAUUGUAGUGAGAACUGCAAAGAGCACCUUUCUAGGCAGCCAUAAUUUUUACACAAGAGAAAAAAACCUCUAUUUUAGAUUAACCUGUUCUAUUUAGCAGCCUUAUUUUUUUUAAAAAAAGGCUGUUACCCAAGAAUCUCUCUGAGCCUUGUGUAAAAUAAAUAUAUUUGAUUUAUUCAAGACACCACUGAAAAGGGCAACAGGGAGAAACAGGAAGCUUUCUAGGUUUACAUCCAUGGCAAGAAUGCUGAGCAUUAAAUGAGAACAAAGCCGUGUUUGAACGUCCCUUUUUUUGUGCCUGGCACACACGGAGCUGAUCGGCAGACAGAACAAAUGAAUGAAGGACAUUAAUCAAAUAAAGGAAUUUUUCAUCAAAAAUAAAUAAGACCUUGACAAAUGAAUUGGUUAAUAGAAUAACUAUUUCUUUCACCUGUCAUGUUUGCCAGCUGUACAAUCAGACUGAUAUUUUGGUGCUAGUUCUCAAAGAAGCAAUGGACCAAUUUUGUGAAGUCUCAAAAUGAUCUGGGACCUGAAAGAAAAGACUUAUGAAGAAAGGUUGAAAGAACUGGGGCUAUUUCAGCUGGAUAAGAGAAGACUGAGGUGGGAUUUGAUCACAGACUUCAAAUACUUGAAGGGUCAUCAUAGGGAGAUGGGCUUUUCUCUGUGCCUACUGGGGACAUGACUUUUUUUCCUACUGGUUUCACUCCAUUGAGGCUGGGCUAAAUGUGACCUUUGAGGUCUUGUGACAUCCUUAUGAGCCCUACUUUCCUACGAUCAUAGGAUCCUAUGAUCAUAAAUGCUUAGACGCAGAUCUUCUGAAUAAUUUUUUUUAAAAAGAGUGAGGGACUGUGCUUUAACUCCUGUCUCACUUACAUUGUUUUUCCACCAGCUUCACUCCACUAAGGCCAAUGGUAGAAAACAUGUUUUUUAGAAAGAAGAAGAAAAACUCCAAUUUAAUCUAAGCUUUUCUUUUUAGGAGAAAAGAUUAUUAUUUUCUUUAUGAGGAAAGCUUUUACCAAGUAUCUGUAAGCUUUAUGUAAGACAAAUUGAUCUGAUUUAUUUAAGACAUCACAUAAAGGGCAACAGGGAGAAACAAGAAGUUCACUAGCUUUAUAUCCAGGGUGAGAUGGCACAGGAGCAAAUGAAAACAAAACUGUCUCAACGUUCCUAUCUUUGUGCCUGGAAGAAAUGGAGCUGGUCAGUAGACAGGACAAAUGAAUGCAAGACAUCUAUCAAAUGAAGGAUGUUUUUGUUAAAAAUAAAUAAGAUGUUGAAAACUGAA